AUGUCGGCGCCUGGACUAUCAGUAGAGGAGAUGUUGGAGAGGCUGAGGAGGGAAGCGGAGGUGAGGGGGCCUGGCUGGCUGCAGGAGCAGGUUGGUGCCUGCAUAGUUUCACCUGCUCCUGCGGCUUCCCCUAAUGUUCGGGCUGCCCGGCCGCGGCGUGGUAUUCCGCCGGCGCGCCUAAGCCCUGAAGUCACCCCCCGGGCCCGGCGCCGAGUAGGGAGCCCCUCUGUGGACCCUCGGCGGCGGGGAGCGGCCGCUAGGGCUUCUGCGAGCCGCUCCCGCCGUGGGAGGAAUCCCGAUACGCGGCGGGGCCCUGUGAGGAGUGGGACGCCCCUUCCCCCACUCCCUGCGGCUGUGCAGCAGGAUUCGGGACCGGGAACGGUGGACCGGCCCAGUCCCUCCUUUAGCGGGCGGUCCACUCGGCUGUUUGAGGAGGAUCGGGUCCCUCGGACUGCGUUGGUGGAGGACGAAUACCGGCGCAGGUCCAGAGAAGAUUUGAGCAGCGUGGAUGAAGGUCCCCUUGCAGUGGCGGAGGCUCGGUGUCCGGCCAGUGUGGUGCAGAGGGUCGUGCAAGUGGUCCAGGAGGAGCAGCCGUCGACGUCCAGGAGCUAUGAUGGAGCAGUGUCCGUGCGGCAGGAGUCAGGACCUUCGGCAGCGGGAGUCACAGCGCCCGUGGUGCCUGGUCGGAUGGCGGCGGCGUUGGUGUGGAUUUUGGGGCACUCCUAUGUGUUCUGGGGUGCGAUUAGAGCGGAUGUGAGGUCGAGUGGGCGGCAGUUGGGGGUGAGUCCGGAGUUGGCUACGGUCCGGUGGUUAGGCGUCAGAGAAGAGCCCAUCUGUCUCAAGACAAAGCUCUCGGAUGCACCACGAGCAUUUAACAGCUGUUAA